AUGGCGUCGAACGGCAUGCCCACCAGCGGCAAUGCCAGCAACAUACGCCAAACCGCUCGUCAAACCCGGACAAACCCUUCUAGACAGUCUAAGACCGCUGGCCGCUCGUCUCUUGUCGGCGGACUUGCCGGCGGGCCCUCGAGCCUUGGGGGUGGGCAUACAGCCGGUGGCUCUCUCCAGGGGAAUUCGGUACCAGCGGGGAUCUAUCCGGGGAUCACUCACUUCAGCGAUGCUAUCGAUGCACUUCCUAGAGAGUUCCGGAGACAUAAUUCGUUGCUGAACGAGGUUGAUGGCAAAGCGUGGGCGCUGGAAGAGCAGUUGUCCAAAUUGCUCACCACUGCAACAAAGCUGAUCUCUGUAGACUACGAUGCUCCUAGGCCGAAGCAAGUCGAUGCCACACCGACGAGACAGGUCUUUCAGAACAUCCGUUCCACUCUCGGCGAUCUUCUGGGAACCAUCGAUGAGAAGAACCAUGUUGCGCGCAAUGCGAAUGCUACACUCCAACGAGAUAUCAGCAGACUGGAUGCUAUUUACCCUCACGUACAGCGAGAAGUGAGCGAUGAAGCUCGGCUCGGCAGUUUGACACACUGGGCAUAUAUCAACAAACCCACACCAAAAACGAGUGCGAGUGCUGUCAAUGAGCGGCCUAGACGAGAUACAGCAGGUGCAAACAGCCAUAGAGCCGGCCACGGAGAUGCGGAUAAUGAGCCAAAGAAAGAACCUGUUCGCCGACAACGUCGCACACAAGCAGAGAUUGAAGCAGAUGAGGCUCGAGGUGUGACCGUACGAAGAGGCAAACCAGGGCCGAAAAGCAGAACUACAGACAACCAGUCGAACGAACAAGCUUUGGCUGCCGGGGCUCUCCCUGGGGCUGUGGCUGCGAGUGGGUCGAAACGCCGAAAAGUUGAGCAUACUCAAUCUAUAGCGGCAACAGCUAUGGAAAGGUCAGCGAGCACCGCAACAAAUGCGGGUGGCCGAGCGGGAUCAAAAGAGAGCCCUGCGCCAGAUACUGUGAAGAAGAGAACAAGGGCACCUAAUGCAAAUUCAGCUGCAAGAAAAAGAACAAAUACCAUAUCAUCAACCGCAGGGUCUCCGGCUGUUGCUGGCGCAUUGAAUACCUCCCAGCUCGGACACGCCUCCAAUAGCCCAGCGCCAGCGUCUUCCCUUCGCUCUCAACCACGGCCACAACAGAAUCAGUCGCAGGCUUCUCGCCAGCGGCCGUCUUCGUCUGCUUCAAAUCGCAACCCAAAGAAAGAGCUUUUGGAUGCUAGGCCUCCAUCCGCAAAGGGUGCGGCAAGUCCCAGAAUUGACACAUUGGCAACCAGAUCAAACGGGGACACCGUUAGAAACAGCCCGAAAACAACAGCUCUUGAGCUCAAACAUGAAGAAGCUAGCUCCAUGGGUCCAUUGGGAGGGUCUAGUCACAUGCCUGAUGGUAAGGCGGACUACUCGAAUCUCCCGGAGCUAAACACCGGUGUUUCCACAAAACGGUCAUCGAAACAUUCUACACCGGUUUCGUCCACAUAUACCGAGCCACAGCAAAGAUCACGGCCAUCUAGGACAGGUGAUGGCCCUAAGCGAUCUCAUAAGAAAACGGGCAGUAUAUCAACUGCUCGGCAGAUGGCUUUAUCAGCGGCUGCAGACGAGGCUGCCGAUGAGCCUCGCGGUACAGAAGGAGAUGACCCAAUGGAGCCUCGUUACUGCUACUGCAAUGAAGUCAGCUUCGGAGAGAUGGUGGCAUGCGAUAACCCCAGCUGUCCUCGAGAAUGGUUUCAUCUUUCAUGCGUCGGUUUAACCAAACCGCCCUCCAAAAGUGUUGUAUGGUACUGCAACGAAUGCAAGGAUGGAGCGAGAAAGACAAAGUCGGGCAAUGGGAAGUAG